AUGAAGUCAGUGCUCUCAUUACUGGCCUUCGCGCCCACCGCAUUGGCUCAGGCUCAAACCAGCGAUGUCAAUUAUAAUGUCGAGCCGCAACCGAAUUUGUCUGCGCAGUCCGUGUCUACCAUUGAUCUCUCUUUCCCCGACUGUUCCAAUGGUCCGUUGAGCAAGACUCUGGUCUGCGACGCAUCUGCCAGGCCUCAUGACCGAGCGGUCGCUCUCGUUGGCCUGUUUACCUUGGAAGAAGUCAUUGCAUCGACAGGCAAUGUGAUCCCACCCAUUAAGAGGCUGGGUCUGCCACCUUAUCAAGUGUGGAGCGAAGCGUUACACGGCCUUGAUAGAGCGAAUUUCACAGACUCUGGGGAGUACAGCUGGGCAACUUCAUUCCCAUCUCCCAUCCUCAGCAUGGCUGCUUUGAACCGGACUUUGAUCAAUCAAAUUGGGGACAUCAUCUCUACCCAAGGUCGAGCCCUGAACAAUGUCGGACGAUAUGGAUUGGAUGUCUAUUCGCCCAAUAUCAACACCUUCCGUCAUCCGGUUUGGGGCCGUGGCCAAGAGACCCCCGGCGAAGACGUUCUACUUGCCUCUGCAUAUGCCUACGAAUACAUCACGGGAAUUCAGGGAGGCGUGGACCCCGAGAACCUCAAGCUGGUCGCCACCGCGAAGCAUUAUGCGGGUUAUGAUAUUGAGAAUUGGUCGGGCCACUCUCGCCUUGGGAAUGACAUGAACAUUACCCAACAGGAUCUGGCGGAAUACUACACUCCCCAAUUCGUCACUGCUGUCCGAGACGCCCGGGUGCACAGCGUCAUGUCUUCAUACAAUGCCGUCAAUGGUGUUCCUAGCUCAGCCAACUCCUUCUUGCUUCAGACCCUUCUCCGUGACAGCUGGGACUUUGUUGCAGACGGAUAUGUGAGCAGUGACUGCGACGCCGUCUACAACGUAUUCAAUCCUCAUGAGUACGCCGGCAAUGUAUCUAGUGCCGCAGCUGAUUCGAUUCGUGCGGGAACCGAUAUUGAUUGUGGAACGUCAUAUCAAUACUACCUCAAUGAAUCUAUCGCACAGGGCGAGAUCUCUCGCAGCGAAAUUGAGCGAGGUGUUAUCCGUCUUUAUUCCAACCUGGCUAGCUUGGGAUACUUUGACGGCAAGAACAGCAAAUAUAGAAAUCUUGAUUGGUCCAACGUUGUCAAAACCGAUGCACUGAAUGUCUCAUAUGAGGCCGCAGUGGAGGGAAUUGUUCUUCUUAAGAAUGACGGCACUCUACCACUGUCCAAGAAUACCAGCAAGGUUGCUCUAAUUGGACCGUGGGCAAACUUCACUCAGGGACUUGUUGGCAACUACUUUGAUGCUGCAAACGCGCCAUACCUGACUACACCACUUGCUGCCCUGCAAAAGUCGAGUCUCGAUGUCCAAUACGCCUUUGGUACCAACAUCUCCUCGAAGACAACAGAUGGCUUUGAGGCUGCAAUUGCUGCUGCCAAAAAGUCAGAUGUCAUUGUUUUUGCUGGUGGAAUUGACAAUACCGUUGAAGCUGAGGGCUUAGACCGCAUGAACAUUACUUGGCCUGGUAACCAACUUGACCUCAUCCAACAACUGAGCCAGCUAGGUAAACCCCUGAUUGUUUUGCAGAUGGGUGGUGGCCAAGUUGACUCGUCAUCUCUGGAGGCCAACAAAAAUGUUAAUGCCCUCAUAUGGGGUGGUUACCCUGGACAGUCUGGUGGACUUGCAUUGUUGGACAUCAUCACCGGAAAACGCGCACCCACUGGUCGCCUGACAGUGACUCAAUAUCCCGCUGAGUAUGCCAUGCAGUUCCCGGCAACCAAUAUGGACCUGCGGCCUGAUGGUGAUAACCCCGGCCAGACCUACAAAUGGUAUACAGGAAAGCCAGUCUAUGAGUUCGGACACGGACUUUUCUACACGAAGUUCAAGGCGUCUCUUGCACGCUCUCGAUCCGCUAGCAACGGAACCUCCUUCGACAUUGUCAAGCUUCUGUCGCGAUCCCACGCUGGCUACAAUGUAGCCGAGCAGCUUCCAUUCAUGAACUAUACAGUGGGGGUCACUAACGCGGGUGGUGUGCUUUCGGAUUAUACCGCUAUGGCUUUCGUGAACACAACGGCUGGUCCAAGCCCGUACCCCAACAAAUGGCUCGUUGGAUUUGACCGUCUUGGCUCGAUCAAACCUCACAGUUCUCAGACCAUGUCGAUCCCAAUUUCGCUGGACAAUAUUGCCAGAACAGAUGAAUUCGGCAACCGUAUUGUUUACCCUGGGAGAUAUGAACUUGCGCUGAACAAUGAGCGCUCCGCUGUGAUGUCCUUCACUUUGACGGGCAAAGCAACAACUGUUGCUACUUGGCCCAAGGAAGAGCAGCAGAUUUCCCCUGCAUAA